GGACAUAUCUACUUCGACAAAUUCACAUACUAUCCUUCCCAUAAUUUCCUCACGCUUCUGUUGUACUCGGACAGGGUCAUUAUUUUCAGCUUGUUGUGUCUGCAGUGAGUGAAUUAUACUCUUUUACACCCAGACUGAGAUUUCUCCUUUUUUCUUGAAAGGAAUUUGGGGAGAUUCGAGUUGGGAUGGAGAAUAAUCAGCGAUCGUUUUGGCACUUCAGUGAUCAGCUUCGGGUACAGGCCUCGAAUUUGGCGAACCUUUCGGUCAACGAGUCCGUUUGGAGCACUAAUCAAGGGACGAAGAUGCCCAACGAAAGGAGGAAUUUUGAUAUUAGGGUUGGUGGAGAGCUUAAUUCUCUGAGAAACUUGAAUCCAAAAGGUUCCGAAUUUAAUGGGUUCAGUGAUGGGUGGAACAGUCUCAAGCUUAAGGGAUCUGAGCUUAAUGGAUUCAAAGAUGGGUCGAACAGUCUCAAGCCAAAGGGAUCUGACGGAUUCAACGAUGGGUGGAACAGUCUGAAGUCAAAGGGGUCUGAUUUCAAUGGAGUCAAUGAUGGCUGGAGCAGUCUGAAGUCAGAGGGGUCUGCUUUCAAUGGGAUCAAUGAUGGUUGGAACAGUUUCAAGCCGAAGAUGACUGAUUUUAAUGGGUCCAAUGAUGGAUGGAAGACUGCGCUUAGCGGCACUGGAAGUGGUCCAGUAUUUGGCGGAUUUCAGAAUAUUGCUGGGACUAAUGGUGGCUUCAACAAGGGGAUUUAUAAUAUUGAUGUGAAGGGGCUCAAAAGUGGUUUUAAGGGUGAGGAUGAUCGUGGAGGAAAAGCUGGGAAAAAGAAUGGCAAUGGUAAUAAGAAGAAUAGUGGUGAGAAUAAUAAUGAUAGCAAGGACAGUAACGGUGCUUUGGACAAGAGGUUCAAGACACUUCCGCAAUCUGAGUCUCUGCCUAGGAAUGAAACCGUCGGUGGGUAUAUCUUUGUUUGCAACAACGAUACUAUGCAAGAGAAUCUCAAAAGACAGCUCUUUGGUCUGCCUCCACGUUACCGAGAUUCUGUUCGGGCUAUAACUCCAGGCUUGCCACUCUUCCUUUACAAUUACUCCACUCACCAACUCCAUGGAAUUUUUGAGGCUGCAAGCUUUGGAGGAACAAACAUUGAUCCAACGGCUUGGGAGGACAAAAAGUGCCCCGGCGAAUCACGCUUCCCUGCUCAGGUUCGAGUUCUUACCAGGAAACUCUGUGAGCCAUUGGAGGAGGACUCCUUCAGGCCAAUUCUUCACCAUUAUGAUGGCCCUAAAUUCCGUCUCGAACUAAGCAUACCGGAGGCACUUUCUCUCCUGGAUGUAUUUGGCUAUUUGCAGAACAAAACGCUUGAGCAACAGACUACAUAUGCAUGCACACUGAUAUGAGUACAGAAAAGAGCUGGUGAAAGAAUAGCAGAAUAAAAAGUUGGUGGCACGCUAGUAUUUCGGAGUUCGAAGGGAAUUUUGGAGAGAAAAUAUAGAUGAUGCUGCCUGUGUGAUUUGUUAAUUAGCUAGCUGGUCUUUGUAGAGGAUGUUAAAAGGUUGUCCUCUUUGUUCUUCCUGCCGUAUACUGUAUACAUAAGUGAAAGUGAUAAAAAGAUAAACUUUAUUUAUGGUGUGUAAUAAUAAGUGUUUUUUUGGAGA